GAAGGUUUGGAGGGAGGGCCAGGGUAGUUUCUGGCCCAAGAGAGUAGGCACUGGUCCUGUUCCCCCAUGCUGCUGCUCUAUAUGCUUGCCCUUUUGUUAUCCAUCCAUGCAUCCAUGCAUCCAUGCAUCCAUGCAUCCAUCCAUCCAUGCAUCCAUCCAUCCAUCCAUCCACUACUUCUUUACUCCUUUUGUCCUUUGGUGAGAGGGAGACAAUAGCCAAUGUUUAAGGAGAGCUUUCAAUGUGCUGGGACCUGUUCAAGUACUUUAUAAACAUGGCCUCUUUCACUCUUCACAACCACCAUGGAGGUAUUGUUAUUUUAUCUGAUGGGUGAAAAAGUGAGGCACAGAGAAGUUAAGUAAUUUGCAGAAAGUUCAUCAGUUAGCUUUUUCUUUGUAACACACAAACUUUCUGACUGCUAACACUUAAAAGUCUAAAACAAUUGCCAUUUAAUUAGCUUACACUUUUAUGGGUGGGCCAGCAACCUAGGCUGAGCUUGGCUGGGUGAUUCAUCUUGUUUUGAUUAAAUUUACUUAUAAAUAUCCUGAACAGCAAGGUGGCUGUGCUUCACAGGGUCAGUUGGCUGACAAUGGGGCAAUUGGGGCAAGUGGGUCACAUGGGUUAUCAACCCCCAGCAGGGUAGCCUGGGCUUGAUCACUUAAUAGUACAGUAGCUUGCCAAAAGGAUGAGUUGAAAAGUAUAGCAUUUCUUGGGACUCAGGCUCAGAAUUGGCAUACCAUUUUUUUCAUAGCAUUCUAUUGGCCAAAUUAAGUCACAAGUCAACUCAGAUUCAAGGUGUGGAUAAAUAGACUAAACUUACUGGUGGAAACAGCUGCAAGUUCACAUUACAAGGGGCUGUUAUACAGAUGGAGAGAGAAUUGGGUCCAUUGUUAACUGCAGGAUAGUAACAUAUGCAGGCUGACUUUUAAGCUCACACUCAUAACUAUAACAUUAUAUGAUAUGAUAUGCUAUUAUUAUAUUAAUCAUAAUAUUUUAAAUGCUGCCUCUUCUACCUAUAAAGGGCCCUGUGUCCUGUCCUCUGAACAGUAGAAGGCCAAGUGGCAUCUCUAUAGUGAGGUGACACGGCACUGCUCUCUCCUAGAAUCUCUGCACCAAGGAAUCACCUAGAGCUAUCUAAAAGAAGAGGCUGGCACCCAACCCUGUGGAUGAUGCAGGACUGCUCUCCUUUGCUACAUUUUCCUGGCUUACACCAGUGAUGGUUAGGGGCUAUAAGCAUACACUGACUGCGGACACCCUGCCCCCGAUGUCACCAUAUGACUCAUCAGACACCAAUGCCAAAAGAUUUCGAAUCCUUUGGGAUGAAGAGGUGGAAAGGGUGGGUCCUGAGAAAGCCUCUCUGGGCCGAGUGGUCUGGAAAUUCCAAAGGACGCGUGUUUUGAUGGAUAUUGUGGCCAACAUCCUGUGCAUUAUCAUGGCAGCCAUAGGGCCGACGGUUCUCAUUCACCAAAUCCUCCAACAGACUGAGAGCAUUUCUAGGAAUGUCUGGGUUGGCAUUGGCCUGUGCAUAGCCCUUUUUGCUACUGAGUUUACCAAAGUGCUCUUUUGGGCCCUUGCCUGGGCCAUAAAUUACCGCACAGCAAUCCGGUUGAAGGUGGCCAUCUCCACCCUGGUUUUUGAAAACCUGGUGUCCUUCAAGACGCUGGCACACAUCUCUGUUGGAGAGGUGCUCAAUAUACUAUCAAGUGAUAGUUAUUCCUUGUUUGAAGCUGCCUUCUUUUGUCCCUUGCCAGCCACCAUCCCGAUCCUAAUGGCUGUUUGUGCAGUGUAUGCCUUUUUCAUUCUGGGGCCCACAGCUCUCAUUGGGAUAUCUGUGUACAUCAUAUUCAUCCCCAUUCAGAUGUUUAUGGCUAAGCUCAAUUCAGCUUUUCGAAGAUCAGCAAUUUCAGUGACAGACAAGCGAGUUCAGACAAUGAAUGAGUUUCUGACUUGCAUCAAGCUGAUUAAAAUGUAUGCCUGGGAGAAAUCUUUUACCAAUACCAUUCAAGAUAUAAGGAAGAGGGAAAGGAAAUUACUGGAAAAAGCUGGAUUUGUUCAAAGUGGAAACUCAGCCCUGGCCUCCGUUGCAUCUACCAUAGCCAUUGUAUUGACAUUCACCUGCCACAUCCUCUUGAGACGCAGGCUCACCGCCCCAGUGGCAUUUAGUGUGAUUGCCAUGUUUAAUGUAAUGAAGUUUUCAAUUGCAAUCUUGCCUUUCUCGGUCAAAGCAAUGGCCGAAGCCAAUGUCUCUCUGAGGAGAAUGAAGAAAAUUCUCGUAGAUAAAAAUCCCCCAUCUUACAUCACCCAACCAGAAGACCCAGAUACUGUCUUGCUUUUAGCAAAUGCCACCUUGACAUGGGAUCAAGAAAACAGCAGAAAAAGUGAUCCAAAGAAAGUGCAGAACCAGAAAAAGUGUUUUCUUAAGAAACAGAGGCUAGAGACAUACAGUGUGAGAUCAUCAGCCCAGGAAGUUGCUGGCCCAGAGGAGCAAAGUGGUAGCCCCACAUCGGUUCUGCACAAUAUAAGCUUUGUGGUGAGAAAGGGGAAGAUCUUGGGAAUAUGUGGGAAUGUUGGAAGUGGAAAGAGCUCCCUCAUUGCAGCUCUCCUAGGACAGAUGCAGUUACAGCAAGGGAUUGUGGCACUCAAUGGGACUGUGGCCUAUGUUUCCCAGCAAGCAUGGAUCUUUCAUGGAAAUGUGAGAGAAAACAUACUAUUUGGAGAAAAGUAUGAUCACCAAAGGUAUCAGCACACAGUUCGUGUCUGUGCCCUCCAGAAGGACCUGAGCAACCUUCCUUAUGGAGACCUGACUGAGAUUGGGGAGCGGGGCCUCAACCUCUCUGGGGGACAGAGGCAGAGGAUCAGUCUGGCCCGUGCUGUCUACUCGAACCACGAAAUCUACUUGCUGGAUGACCCCCUGUCAGCAGUGGAUGCCCACGUGGGGAAGUAUGUCUUUGAGGAGUGCAUCAAGAAGACGCUCAGCGGGAAGACCAUCGUUCUGGUGACCCACCAGCUGCAGUUCUUGGAGUCUUGUGAUGAAGUCAUUUUGUUAGAAGAUGGAGAGAUUUGUGAAAAGGGAACCCAUAAGGAGUUAAUGGAGGAGAGAGGGUGCUAUGCAAAGCUGAUUCACAACCUCCGAGGGUUGCAAUUCAAGGAUCCUGAGCACAUUUACAAUACAGCAAUGGUGGAAGCCCUUAAGGAGAGCCCCACUGAGAGAGAUGGAGAUGCUGUUUUGGAUCCAGGAGAUGGGAAAGAUGAAGAAAAAGAACCUGAAACGGACUCAGAAUUUGUAGACAUAAAAGUUCCUCUGCACCAGCUCGUCCAGACUGAAUCCCCUCAGGAAGGAACCGUGACCUGGAAAACGUAUCACACGUACAUUAAGGCUUCUGGAGGGUACCUUCUCUCUCUCUUUGUGGUGUCCCUCUUCCUCCUGAUGAUCGGUAGCUCUGUCUUCAGCAAUUGGUGGCUGGGUCUCUGGCUAGACAAGGGUUCACAGAUGACCUGUGGACCCCAGGGCAACAAGAGUGCAUGUGAGAUUGGCGCAGUCCUGGCAGACACUGGGCAGCAUGUGUACCAGUGGGUAUACGCAGGGGGUAUGGUGUCUGUACUGAUGUUUAGUAUCAUCAAAGGCUUCACCUUCACCAAGACCACACUGAUGGCAUCCUGCUCAUUACACGACCGAGUGUUUGACAAGAUCUUAAAGAGCCCAAUGAGCUUCUUUGACACGACUCCCACUGGCAGGCUAAUGAACCGUUUUUCCAAGGAUAUGGAUGAGCUGGAUGUGAGGCUUCCAUUUCACGCGGAGAACUUUCUGCAGCAAUUUUUUAUGGUGCUGUUUAUUCUUGUGAUAUUGGCUGCUGUGUUUCCUGCUGUCCUUUUAGUCCUGGCUGGCCUUGCUGUUGGCUUCUUCAUUCUUUUAUGCAUUUUCCAUGGAGGAGCCCAGGAGCUCAAGAAGCUGGAGAAUAUCAGCCGGUCUCCCUGGUUCUCCCACAUCACUUCAUCCAUGCAGGGCCUGGGCAUCAUCCAUGCCUAUGACAAGAAAGAGGACUGCAUUAGCAAGUUUAAGAUGCUAAAUGAUGAAAAUUCCAGCCACCUCCUGUACUUUAACUGUGCUCUCAGGUGGUUUGCUUUAAGAAUGGAUGUCCUCAUGAACAUUGUCACCUUCAUCGUGGCCUUGUUGGUGACUCUGAGCUUCUCCUCAAUUAGUGCUUCAUCCAAAGGCUUGUCUUUGUCUUACAUCAUCCAGCUAAGCGGACUACUCCAAGUAUGUGUGCGAACAGGGACAGAGACCCAGGCUAAAUUCACCCCCGUGGAGCUGCUCAGGGAGUAUAUUUUGACCUGUGUUCCUGAAUGCACUCACCCCCUCAAAGUGGAGACUUGUCCCUGUGACUGGCCCAGGUGUGGGGAGAUAACAUUCAGAGACUAUCAGAUGAGAUACAGAGACAACACUCCCCUUGUUCUUGAUGGGCUGAACUUGAGCAUUCAAAGCGGGCAGACAGUUGGGAUUGUUGGAAGAACAGGUUCUGGAAAGUCAUCCUUGGGAAUGGCCUUGUUUCGUCUGGUGGAGCCAGCUGGCGGUACGAUUUUCAUUGAUGAGGUGGAUAUCUGCACUAUAGGUUUGGAAGACCUCAGAACCAAGCUGACUGUGAUCCCCCAGGAUCCUGUCCUGUUUGUAGGUACAGUAAGGCACAACUUGGAUCCAUUUGAGAGUCACUCAGAUGAGAUGCUCUGGCAGGUUCUGGAGAGGACAUUCAUGAGAGACACAAUAAUGAAACUCCCAGAAAAAUUACAGGCAGAAGUCACAGAAAAUGGAGAAAACUUCUCAGUAGGGGAACGUCAGCUGCUUUGUAUGGCCCGAGCACUUCUCCGUAAUUCAAAAGUAAGGAAACAGCACGGAAAAAUGGAUUGGUCAAAUUUUGGAUAUUUCCCGCAGCGCCACUCAAUCCAGGAGAUCAUUCUCCUUGAUGAAGCCACCGCCUCCAUGGACUCCAAGACUGACAGCCUUGUUCAGAGCACCAUCAAAGAUGCCUUCAAAGGCUGUACUGUAUUGACCAUCGCCCACCGCCUCAACACAGUUCUCAACUGUGACCUCGUCCUGGUCAUGGAAAAUGGGAAGGUGGUCGAGUUUGACAAGCCUGAAGUCCUUGCCGAGAAGCCAGAUUCUGCAUUUGCAAUGUUACUAGCAGCAGAAAACAAAGUCCGAUUGUAAAGGUCUCACAUCAGCUGAUUUUAGAGGAGGAGGAGGAUGCUUCAGAUGAGUUGGAUGAGCCUGUAAGAGGAGGGCCAGCUAUCUCUGCAGGCAUCAUAAUCCAUCCCACCCCUGACACACAGGCUGAGCUGGGGUGGAGGGUGGUUUCCUGCCUUACCCAAGCCAUGCCUCCCAACCUCACUGGUUGGCUUGGAGCUGGUUCUGGGUGGUAAACAGAGGCAGAAGAAGCUAAUGGAUUAAAAAACUGCCCCCAUCUCUUAAAACUCCAAGGUGCCCAUCAAUGAAUGUGUCCCCAUCAAUACCACCUCAGUGCCUGAGAAUGGAAACUUUCAGUGUAAGUGUAACUUUCAGUUAAAUCUAAUCAAACAGAAUGGGAAAAUGCCUAAAGACGGAAUUUGUAAAAGGUUUCCUGCCUUCUCAUCAAAAAGGAAAAGUGCAGAGUUUUCUCCCCAUUGAACUCCUCUUUGCAUCUAUUUUGUGUGUGUGAUAAGCAGUAACUACAAGGUCUGUAGCAUGCAAGAUUGAUUACAUUGUUUGGUGAAAAAAUUUUUUUUUAAAUCAUAUUAUAUGUUCUAUUUGAUCUAUUCGAAUAACGAGGGAAACAAAAGGUUGGAGUUUCUCUGUAAAUGACAUUUUUAUAUCAUCUAUAUUGGUCAUUAAAAUGCAAUAGGAGAUUAAACUAC